CUGCUGGAAAAGACACCGGAGAACACACAACUGUUGGAUCUAAGAAAUUCAGAUGGAAGCACACUUCUUCAUGUUGCUGCCAUUGUUGGCAACACCCAAGCUGCUGACAUCUUGGUGGGAAGAAACCCAGAUUUAUUGUUCGCCAAGGACAACGAGGGUCACACCCCAUUAGCCAUAGCUCUAUCUAAUAUGCAUACAGAGACAGCUCAGCAUCUGUUGCAACACAUCGGUAAUGACCUAGAGAUGGGUACUCUGUUUUCUGGUUCAGGUGGCGAUGAGCUUCUAGUUACUGCUAUUUCUUCUAAAGAUUUCCGUUUGGCGUGUGAUUUGCUAGGGCGUUACAAAACAUUGCAUGGUGAUACUGUUUUGAUGGCUAUUGCUCUAAAUUUCCCACGCGAACUCAAUAUGUUGGAAGAAUUUUCAAGGACUGGUAUUUUACACUCAAAAAUAGAAAGCGCUGUGGUUAUCGCAUCUGAUUAUACGGUUGAGAAAUGUGGUACUAGGGUUGGAAAAUUUAUCAGCCUAUUCUAUGUUGGGAUUUAUUGGAUUCUCAAGCUUUUACCUCUAAUCCUUAAGAUGUUACGGUGGCCAUAUAUUAAAGAGAGAGUUCGAACACAUCUUGAUGCUAUUCUACUAUUAGCGUCGGUAUGUGACUUGAUAAGAUUCAGGAAUGACCCCAUGUGUUACCAUCUAUAUUACAUGAAUCCGCUUUAUGAAGCCAUAAGACAAAAUUCAUACGAUGUUGUAGAAUAUAUUCUGUCUUAUUUUCCAGAUGCACUUACGAGUGCCAAUGAAGAAGGUCACAACAUAAUUCAAUAUGCUGUGAUAAAUCGCUCCGAAAACAUUUACAACAUGCUAUAUCAAAUGGGCGAACACAAGAAUAUUUACAGAACAAUCAAAGACCCUUCUCGAAAUAAUCUCCUGCAUUUGGCUGCAAGAUUGGCACCUUCCAACAAACUUAACCUUAUAUCCGGAGCAGCUUUACAGAUUCAACGUGAACUACAAUGGUUUAAGGAAGUUGAAAGAUUUGUAUGUCCUUUGAACAUCAUACAAAGGAACUCUUUUGAUGAAACACCUCAAAUGGUGUUUACAAGAGAACAUAAGGACUUGGUAAUUGAGGGAGAAAAAUGGAUGAAGGCCACUGCAGAGUCAUACACCAUCACAGCUGCAUUAAUUGUCACCGUUGUGUUUGCAGCAGCAAUUACAGUGCCAGGAGGAAACAAUCAGGACACUGGACUACCCGUUUUUACCAGCAAUACAGCCUUCACCAUAUUUGCAAUAUCGGAUGCCAUAUCAUUAUUUGCAGCCGUUACUUCAUUGUUAACAUUUUUGUCGGUUCUCACCGCACGUUUUGCUGAACAAGACUUUCUCUUCAAGUUGCCUACAAAGUUGAUAAUUGGUUUGGCUACCUUGUUCAUCUCAACCACAUCCAUGAUAGUAGCUUUUGGUUCAACAUUGUACAUUGUAUUUGGCCAAAGGAACUCAAGGAUUCUUAUUCCAAUAGUUGUGUUGACAUGCCUACCGAUUAUUUCUUUUGUGACCCUGCAAUUCCGUCUCAUCAUAGACUUGAUGAGUGCCACAUAUGGUCGUAGUAUUUUUGGUAAGAAAAGAGACGACACUUUCUAAUAAAACUUUGCGCUUGAUUAUAGAUGGUGGACAAAAUAGAGUUGUACUAUGGUCAUAUUGGACUUCGUAUGUUGGUCCUUACUUUUAAUAUGACAAUUACUUGAGUUAUAUGGAUUGAGAAAAAUGUGGUUAGGUGGAAACAUGGAAAAUCAUUGAUCAGAAUAUAAGAUUGUUAUUUGUUAAAUUUGUAAACAAUAACAUAAAUGUUCCUACUGUAGUUGGCUAACACACGAUUAGAGUACAUAAUUAAUGUUGCGAUCUU